AUGUCUCGCAAGUCCAGCAAGUCCAGCAAGCCUAAAGAGAAGGCAGCAAGGUCACUUACAUCCACGCCCCCUGUAGCCAAGACCAGAGGGCAAAAGAAAGCACCUGGGUCCAAGGUGCAGGUUUCAGACAACCAAUAUGAAGAAUUCCUCAAGUUUCAAGCACAGAAGAAAAAGGAAGCUGAGUUGAAUCGCAAAGAAAACGUCCGGAAGAAAGUGGAUGCUUUGUUGGAUGAAGAAAGGUUGCAAACAACAUCUGUUGUUCCAGAUGGCAGUGACAUAGACCAUAUAGAUGGCGCCAAUCCUGCAGACAUUUUACCUGCGGUUGUUCCUCCCAAAAAGAAAGUAUCUCUUGAUUUUAGUGAUGAGGAUGCCGAAAAUGAGGCAGACAGCGAUGGUAAUGAUGAAGGUGGUGAUGUUGGGAAAGAAGACGAAUCUCUGGAGAGCACAGGUGUUAGAAGGAGAACCAACGGGCUUAUUCAGGUCAAGGAUGAGCCCAAGGAAGAUAAUGCAGAACGUAAAUGUAGGAGAAGAAUCAGCAAAGGUGACAGGAAACCGCCUACCACUUUAGCUUCCUUGAAGAAGGAUGGCUGCGGUCCUUUAGUGGAUCUUGCUCACCAGCUACUCCAUGUCAAGAUUGCUUUGGAGACCGCCUUUCCAGGACCUUCAGUGGAUGUGCAGGACUCCUUUGUUUGGGACUGCAUCAAGGAAGCGGUCAAGAAUCCUGGCUCUCCCUUGAAGUCAAUGUUUGAUGCCAUUAGUCAAGAUGAAGCUUUGAAAAAUCGUGCCAUGGCUUACGUGUGGUCUGGUGCGAGUCAGCUGAGAGGGGAGCUGGUUAGAAAGGCAAGAGAGAAUGUAGCAUUUCUAUUGCAGCAAAUGAAACCUAAGGACAUUGGAGAGGUAGCUACAUGGCUCAUUUCCACCAAAAAGGAUCCUUUUCUGUGCGGAGAAUUGGAUCUGAAGACCAAGACCUUCAACAAGAAUUUCCCUUUUCGUGCUGUUCUCUUACGUCAACUGCUCAUAAGUCAAUUCUUUCAAGGAGCCGGAUCAGAAGGUCUACUGUACAAGGAUUUGUUCCAGAAACUCCCUGACAAUCUUCUUGCUCUACUGGCUACAGCUGCUGAAUGCGCUUUCAAAGGUAUGCUCUCUGGAUCUCCGGUUGUCAUAGAAUUCAAGGAGCCGGUCUUUCAACCAAGACACCAGUACUAUAUGCUGAAGCUGGCUGAAUAUCGUAAACAUUCACCCAUGUAUAUGGAAAAACUGAGGCAAGAUCUGUGGGCUGAGAUAGGGGAGGCAUGUGGCUUUGUAAUGAGAAAUGAGGUCGAUGAUUCUGGUUCCGAAUUAGAUUUUGAGGCUAUGGAGGAGUAUGGUAGAUUACAAACCAACACUAUAGUUUCUGAUGUCACAGUCGCCUAA